AACAAGAACACCACCUGAAGCGCCCGCACUCCCAUGAAUCAAACUGACGUCAUUCUCAAUCCCACCAACUAAAACCCUAAUCCAAACAAUCACAAUGCUUCCAUUCGCCACGUCAUUCUUCAAGUGGGUCCCACCCAUAUUCACAGCCCCACCACAAAGAAAAACCCUUCACUAUUAUUAUGCCUGCCACUGUUUCUCUUCACUCACUGCACUACUCUUUUAUCCAUCAAUAUGAAGAUGAUUAGAUCAAAUGGGAGGAUUACUGAUAACCAAAGCAAAAAAAAUGACGAUCUUAAGGAAAUGGUGGGCCAUGAAAACUCAGAAAAAAAUGGUGGCAGACUAAGAGAUAUGAAGAAUAAUGUUGUGGAAGGAUUAGCAAGCCAAGAUGAAAGGAUGAAGAUUAGAGGGGAAUUAGGGUUAGGGCCUAAAAUUAAUUCAAAGGAUGCUCAUUUGAUGAAAAUGAAUGGAAAUGUGCCUUGCCCUACACAUACACCUCCUCGGUCUCCGGCGAAUUCAUCAGAAAGUGGAGUUGAUUCAUUGUCAUCUUCGAACAUUCCGUUCACUACUAACCGAGCAAGCGAUCUUUUAAUGGCGGUCUCACUUGGUGCUGAAGAAAACAAGACUAAAAUCACUGAGCUUGCUAAUUCAUCAAUGGAAGAGCUUAUAAGAAUGGCUUUUCAAGGAGAACCUCUAUGGCAACGCCAAUUCAAUAGUGAUAUUGAGAUUCUAAAUGAAGCUGAAUAUAUACGAGAAUUUCGAGCAUUCGAUGCAAGUCUCCGAGAGAUAAUGAAGAUGAUUGAAGUUGGUGAUCCUCAAUCCUUUUCAAAUUUAGAUGGAAAUUAUGAUUUUACUCAACGUAGAAAUGUGUUACAUCAACAAGAUGAUCAAUCGGAUGUUCUUCAAACCGAGGCUUCACGAGAGAUAGGGUUUGUUAAUGUGAAUGCUGCAAGUAUUGUUGAAUGCCUUAUGGACAUGAAUCAAUGGUCACUAGCAUUCUCCAAGAUUGUAUCAAGAGCAACCCUACUUGGAAUUUUGUCCGUCGGUCCGGUCGCCCGGAACUAUGAUGCAACUUUGCAAGUGAUGAGGGCAGAAUUUCAUAUGCCUACACCACUUGUUCCUGUGAGAGAGUGUCAAUUUGCAAGAUACUGUAAACGUCUAGGGUUUAAGACAUGGGGAGUCGUUGAUGUCUCCUUGGAGAAUUUAUUUCCAUAUCCUCUUGUCAAAUUCCAACGAAGGCCAUCAGGAUGUUUGAUCCAAGAAAUGCCCAAUGGACAUUCUAAGGUUACAUGGGUGGAGCAUGUGGAAGUUGAUUAUUCUCUAGUGUAUAGGGUUUUUCAACCAUUUGUCUCCUCUGGUUUUGCAUUUGGUGCAAAGCGUUGGAUUGCUACUUUAAUCCAACAUUAUGAGGGGAUUGCAACAUUAAUGUCCGAACAAAAGUUAUCCGUCGACGGAGAAACGAUAUGCCAAAAUGGGAAAAGGAGUUUAAUAAUGCUAGCAGAAAGAAUGAUGAGGAAAUUUUGCGAGGAUCUGAGUGCCUCUUCUAAUAAUUUCUGGAUGCAAUUUCCGAUGAGUGGAGCUGAUGAUUGUAAGAUGAUGACCAAAAAUAUUGGAGCAAAUUCAGGUGAUCCCAUUACAACAAUAGCCUUCACUCAUUCCUUAUGGCUUGCAGCUCCUCCUAUUCGAGUUUUCGAUUUUCUUCGCCACGAAGAUUGUCGAAACAAGUGGGAUUUGCUAUCUCGUGAGCUUGAAAUUCAAGAACUUACUCACAUCAUUAAGGGACAGAAUCAAGAUAACACCAUCUCCAUCAUCAAAACUUUGAGUGAUCCAAACCACAAAGAAAUAAUGUACCUGCAAGAAAGCUACAGCGACCCAAGUGGAUACUACGUCGUUUAUGCUCCAUUUGACCUAGACUCCAUGGAAACUAUACUAAAUGGUGGAAAACCUGAUGAUAUGAACGUCUUACCAUCAGGAUUUGUGAUCCAUCCUGGUAAAUCCGUAAAUGAUGGCGAUCAUGAAGGUGCCAAUUGUCUUCUUACCCUUUCAUUUCACAUCGUUGAUGAUUCGUCUUCAAAAAAUACAAUUUCUGCUCAAUCUGUUGAUACGAUUUUUAAGAUCCUUCGAGAAACUUCUUACAUGAUCCAGUCUGCUGUUUCCUAUGAUGAUUCUUAGCAAAUUAUCAAGUUUAAAGCUGCCUUAUAGUUCCUGAAAUGAAAGAAUAAAGGUUGCGGUAGAUGGAGAGAAGAAUACAAUGUAGUAAAACAUACACAUGUAUAAUUAAGGGAAUUAAUUAUAUACUGAAAACUCCAUGAAUUUUCCUUGUUGUUUGUACAAUUAAUUCACAGUUUUAUCUGUGUUGUUGUUGUUGUAUUUCUAGGUUUAUGAAA